UUCCACCUCCUUCUCUCCUCACCUCAUUUCCUCAAUUACAUCUUCUUUUUGUCCCUCCUCUCCUUCCAUCCCUCCUUUCUUUUCUCUCCUUAUUACCUUCCUUCCUUCUUUUCUUCCUUACUCCUUUCUCGUUCUUUCGUUACCUAUAGCCAUCCUCUUAUACCUCUGUUCCCUCUUUCUUCCUCCUUUACUUCCCAAAUUCAUUUCCUCACUCUCUUCCCUUCCUACCUGCUUAUAUCAUCUUUCUUUUUCUUGCCUCCUACAACCUUCUCUCCCGCCUCCUUUUCUUAUUAAUUACCUCCUUUUCUUCCUUCUCUGCUUCCCUCAACUUUCUUGCUCCCUCUUUCCUUCCCUGCCUCCUACUUUCCCUCUUUAUCUAUUUCCUUCACUCCAUCCUUUCUGCCUUCUCUGCAUCCUGCCUCAUUUUCUCACUUCCUACCUCUUCCUGUCCUCCCCUCCAGCCUCUUUUUACUCCCUUUUUCCACUCCCUUCUCUCACCAUCCACCUCUCCUUUUCUCUUCUCUUUCUCUUCUCUCCCUUCAUGGCUCUUUGCCUCUUUUCCAAUCUCAUAUCUAGUUUCUCCUCUCCUAACACCUUAUGUCCCUCACCUUCUCCCUCAUUCUCUCCCUCUUUUAAUUUCUCCUCUCAGUCCUUCCCUCCAUCCUUCCCUCCCACUGUGGUCCCUCUUUCCUUCCCCUCCCUCCUCUCUCUCCUCCCUUCUCUCUUGUGUUUUAUGUUCUCAGCUCCUGGAAGUCAAGUCAGUGCGCGGCGCUCCUCCUCCUCCGCUUAAUCUAACUGACUGCUCAGCCCUCCCCAACCUUCCUCUCCCUCCCCCUCUCCCUUUUACACUCUGUCUCUAUCUCUCUCGCUCACUCGCCUCUCUAACUGCUCGUCCGCUCAUUCAGCCCAGUGUGGAGAUGCAUUCGUGACUCUGACCAAAGUCUGGAUAAACGGGGCUGAGAAAUCUGCAGCGAGCGACUGCAGGGGAUUUUAACUGAGAGGGGACCACACGUGGGCGACCAUGUUGGGACAGAGCGUGCGGCUGCAGCCGGUGCCCAUCCAGAGCCUGUCGGAGCUGGAGCGAGCCAGGUUACAGGAAGUGGCCUUGUACCACCUGGAGGAGCGGGACCUGGACGUCAAGAUCAGCAUCCCCAGAGAAAUACGCAAACGGAGAAAAUCUCUGCGCAGGAAGUUUGACUCGUUUUCAAAGGAAAAGAAAGAGCGAGAAUCCGCUCCCAAGGCGUUCGGCAUCCCCCUCUCCCAGGUGAUCGCCAACGACCGGGCGUACAAGCUGCGGCAGGACGCCCUGAAGGAGAGCAGGCGCGACUGUCUGGACCUGGAGGCCAGCAUCCUGCGCUUCCGGGCCGAGAAGCGGCAGUUCUUCAACGGGAACAAGCCGCUGGUCGGCUCCUCGUCCAUCACGGGCGGAGGAGGACCCGGGUCACCCUCCGCCAACUCGGUGGCUCCGGCGCCGAUUUUUGAAAACCAGAACAAACCGCUGUCGCCCACGUUUCUGGAUAACACCGGCCGAGGACAGAGGAGGGGGGGUCUGUCGGUGGACUCCAUCUCCGACCUCGUGGAGAGUCAGUCCCGCCUGCUGGAGGCGCUGCAGCUCUCACACCCGGCCGAGCUGGAGCUGAAGAAGGCGGCGGGCGGCGGCUCGUCGGAGGGGAGGACCCAGAACAAGCUCAGCCUCAACCCCAUCUACAGACAGGUGCCCCGCGUGAUGGAGAGGUGCUGCAGUCACAUCGAGACCCACGGUCUGCAGACUGUGGGGAUUUUCCGAGUGGGAAGCUCGAAGAAGAGAGUGAGACAGCUGCGGGAGGACUUCGACGUGGGGGUGGACGUCCAGCUGGACGAGGAACACAGCGUCCAUGAUGUCGCAGCGUUGCUCAAAGAGUUUCUGAGGGACAUCCCUGAUCCUCUGCUGCCCAGAGAGCUCUACCCCGCCUUCCUGCACGCCAAUCUGCUGAGAGGAGCAGACCAGCUCCAGUACCUGCAGCACCUCCUCUACCUGCUCCCUCCCUGUAACUGUGACACCCUGCUGCGCCUCCUCACCCUGUUGCACACCGUGCAGAGCUUCGCCCAGGACAGCAUAGGAACCAACGACGAGGAGAUCCCUGGCAACAAGAUGACGGCUGCUAACCUGGCGGUGAUCUUCGGGCCGAACCUGCUGCAGAGGGAGAGAGGAGGCGACGUGAGUCUGCAGGCCAUGGGGAUCGAGGACAGCACGGCCAUCAUCAGCGUCACUCUGGUGCUGAUCCAGAACUACAGGAGGCUCUUCACGGUUACUGCAGAGGUGCAGCAGGAAGUCCUGAUGAGUCUGAUCCAGACCGACCCUGACAUCAUCGACUAUCUCCUGCGUAGGAAACUGAGCAGCAGCAAUCUGACGGUGGAGAGCAGCAGUGAGUCCGGGGGUCGCCGGGACACGGGGGCGUCCCUGGACUCCGUGGGGGCCUCCAGCGGCAGUCUGUCCCCGCUGGAGCCCCCGUCACCUCUGUUCCCGCCCGACGGUAGCGGCGGCGAGGGCAGCCUGACCAGCGAGGUCUUCCUCAACGUGCUGAAGCUGAACCAGAACAGGAAGCGGCAGGAGACCAGAUACGGUGAGGUCCCUCCAGGUAAAUCCAUCCGCCACAUGCGUCAGUUCCACUCCCACCACAACCUGCUCAGCCUGUCCCAGCCCUCCUCCUCAUCGUGCUCCACCUCCCGGCUCCACGGUCAGGACCCCGACCCCCAGGACCGCAGGGGCCCGCUGGGUUCUGCGCUGAGCUUCUCUCUGGGCGUCGGCGGCGGCAGCUGCUCCAGUCUGAGCGGGUCGACCGAGAGCAGCAUCUGGGUGAGACAGACGCCGCAGGAGGAGAGCAAACCUUCGCCCGCCACCAACUUCUGGGACUUCUUCACCGGGAAAGGCUCGAGCUCGGAGACGAUGGUAUGAUGAAGGGCGAGAAGAGAGGAGGAGCGUGAGUGUGCAGUCGUGCAACUUCCUGUCCGAGGUCAGAAAUCCUCCGAAAAAUUGGUCAAAGUUCCUGUUACAUUUCCAGAGACGUCUGUUGACUUUACAAACAAAAGAUAAGUAUAUUCCAGGAUUAUAAACGCGUCAUGACGACUCUUGUUUUGAAAAAUCUCCAAAUUUCCUACUUGAACUUCCUGUAUAUGACUGUAGUUGGGACAAAGAAGAAAUGAAGAAAACCCAACAAAUGGAGGAUAAACUUUUUUUUUUUUUUUUAAAGACAGUGUGGAUUGAUGUUGAAGAUGAAAACGUCCUCGGACAGAGUCACGGACAUCUGAGUCAAUAAAGAAUCAAAAACAAAAUAAAUCUGUCAAUGAGAUUAUCUGGAGGUGGAUGCAGUAAUAAUUGCAUUGUAUAUAAACUGUACAUGAUGUAUUCCAUAAGUUUACAUACACAAAACUUUGUCUUUACUACCUAGAACUGUGUAACUAACUGUAGCUGCAUGGGCUCCACUAACCCGUCCUCUGUAACGACGCUGUCCCGGACUCCCUUUGGUUUCUUUUUGUUGUUUUCUUGUUUCCCCCUCAAUGAGCCACAUUUACUUUGACUCGGAUUCACAAUUCAUCUUUCAGCUGUCCACAAUUAGCAACUAUGAAGAUCCAAAGUGUGAUCCAAUAAUAUGAACGACUACAGAUAAAAUAUUUAACGCAGCCAUUCAAUUCCAAAUUUGAAAUCGGCUCGGAAAUUUUUGUGUGCAGUUCACAUUCACAUUCGAGUUCGUUAAGUUUCAGCAAAGAGGGAUUUUGCAUUCUGACCUGAGAGGUUGGAUGCUGCGUUCAUAUCACAUGGGCAGUUUAACUUGUAAACAGCCUUCAUGUCCAUUUUGAAGUCCUAUUAACCAGUUUUCUGAAAACUCCACUACAUCCAUCUUAAUCCAAAAGUUUUGAGCCAAAGUCCUUUUGUUUAAGAUUUAAUAAACCCAAAUUCAAUAAUGUAGCACUACACCGUCUGUGCACAGUAUUUUUAGCCCUCAUAUGACCAACUUUGCUAGUGCACAACCGUCCUGAGUCAUCUCUACCAAGAAUCCCAUUUCCUGUGAACGCAGCAUUAAACUUCAGUAUUCUACAAGUUAAAAGAAAACCAUCUGAAACAGUGAUUUUCUGCAGCAGAACAACUUUUAUUCCAUUAAAGAAAAAAGAGCUCAGAAUAAAGGAAAAUUUGAUCAUCCGUGCAACUCCAUCUAAAUGAGGAAGCUCAUCUGUUGAGAGCUCCGGAACAGCCACUAAAUAGGAUCUUAUGAGAACUUCUACGAAGGUGAAGAAUGACCUUAUUUCCCAUCAAGCUAAUCGUCUUACAGCAACGUGGAGGGUCUGUGUUACAUGUAAAUGUAGUUUUAACAGCACUUUAAUGGCCAUAUUUCAUUGUGAAGCAGCCAUUGAAAUGCUGUUGAAACAAAGGUUUUUCGUGCUGCCUAGAUGUCGGAAAAUCUUCUCAACGAAAUGACGCCUGGUGUUUUAAAAAGGUAUCUCAGCAUGUGCAUGUGUCUUCGGAGCAUCUUUGUCACCGUGGUCCAGCAGCUAGAAAUCACUUAGACUACAUGGAUGUCGUAUAGAAAUUCAGCUUUCAGGAGCGUUACCUUCCUUUAACCACAAGAGGGAGACAUCCGCUCAUAUAACCUGCAUAGAUUUAGUGUGUUAGGUUUGGGAAUAGUGCCAAACGGUAAGAAACUGUACAGAUGUUUUUGCCUCUGGCCUCUUGUGUAGUAGAAAUCCACGAUGUUGUACAGAGAUUUUCCUACGUCCUAACGUUUGUAUUUCUUCACCACAAACACAGAAGUUGUCCGUCACCUCGGCAGGUGAAUGUAUCAUCUGUUCUUUUGGGUUUCCUUGUAGAGAAAACAAGAUAUAUUUUGUCUUUUUUUUUUUUUUUUGUCAGUGACACUUUUUCUAUAUCAUUGUAAAAUCCAUCAAAGUGUGUUAAGACCUAAACCGGAGAAUGUACCGCCUACCUGCAGAGAAUUAAAUGUCAAACUCGC